GCUCCGCUAUAGUGACACUAGAAAUUCCUCCAUUGUUGUAGCGAGUUUAAAUUUAGUUGAACUGAAGGUUUGGUUCUGCUCUGUAAAUGGCGAUUGACGAUAACGAGAGUUGCGGAAGCCGAGCUAUGGAGCCGUCGUCUCCGAAGCACAGCAGGUUGCAGAGGCAGAAACUUCAAGCUUUUAACGAAGUGUUGAGUCGAUUACAGGAUUUGAAUCUCGAAGAAGCUCACCUCCCUGGCUUUGAAGACCAGCUUUGGCUUCACUUUAAUCGCCUCCCCGCUCGAUAUGCAUUAGAUGUGAAUGUGGAAAGAGCAGAAGAUGUGCUCAUGCAUAGGAGAUUACUGCAACUAGCGAAGGAUCCUGAGAAUAGACCUGCUUUCGAUGUUCGCCUUGUGCAGGUGCAUCCCACCUACAAUGGAAUCUCAUCCAACUCUGAUGAUGUAAAUUCUGCAGUUAAAGAAGAAUACCCAUGCAUCCAUCCUCCUCCAACAUUUGGUUCAUCAUCAAAUCUACAGCCCUUUGAAAUUGAUGAUAAUAAUGCUCAUGUAAAUGAUGGAGAAAGUGAUGCCAAUUCUACUUCAGGGACAACCAGGUCCAUGCACGAGAUUACUUUUUCAACGAUUAACAAGCCAAAGUUGCUGACUCAGUUGACUUCUAUAGUUUCUGAGAUUGGUCUGAACAUUGAGGAAGCUCAUGUUUUUUCGACUGCCGAUGGUUUCUCCUUAGAUGUCUUUGUGGUUGAUGGAUGGCCAUAUGAGGAAACAGGAUUGCUGAAGGGUGAGCUGCAAAAGGGAAUAAUGAGGAGCAAGGAGCAACCACGACAUUCCUUGGUUGCUAAGAACGGGCAAGGUCAAACAAUAUCUGAAUCAGUUUCUAACUGUGUUAAAAUACCUACUGAUGGAACUGACGACUGGGAAAUCGAUCUUCGUUUGUUGAAGUUGGAAAACAGAGUUGCUUCUGGAUCAUCUGAAGAUCUGUAUAAAGGCACGUAUUGUUGCCAGGAAGUAGCUAUAAAAGUUCUGAAGCCAGAACAGUUGAAUAUGGAUAUAUUAAAAGAGUUCUCACAAGAGGUCUUCAUAAUGAGGAAAAUUCGGCACAAAAAUGUUGUUCAAUUUAUAGGAGCAUGCAGGCAACCUCCAAACCUAUGCAUCGUGACUGAGUUCAUGUCGAGAGGAAGUAUUUACAACUUUCUGCACAAACAAAAAGGUGCCUUUAAGCUCCCUACUCUCCUCAAGGUUGCAGCUGAUGUCUCUAAGGGAAUGAAUUAUCUGCACCAGAAUAACAUAAUUCAUCGGGAUCUGAAGACUGCCAAUCUUCUAAUGGAUGAACAUGGAGCUGUUAAGGUUGGCGAUUUUGGGGUUGCCAGAGUGCAAGCUCAAACUGGGGUGAUGACUGCAGAAACUGGAACAUAUAGAUGGAUGGCUCCUGAGGUAAUCGAACACAGACCAUAUGAUCACAAGGCCGAUGUUUUCAGCUUUGGUAUAGUGCUGUGGGAACUUCUGAGUGGAGAAAUACCAUAUGCACACUUAACACCUUUACAAGCAGCAAUAGGCGUUGUGCAACAGGAUCUACGGCCAAGAAUUCCGGAACAUGCUCAUCCAAAGCUUGUGGAACUUGUUGAGAAAUGUUGGCAGCAAGAUCCCACUCAAAGACCUGAUUUUUCAGAGAUUUUGGAUAUUCUCAAGCGUCUAACCAAAGAGGUAUGA